AUGGCGGAAAGGAUUCAUAGCGGGCGCGACCUGAGCGUCCCGCGGGAAGAACAAGAACACGUCAAGGUUGACGAAGUUUGCAAUGGGACACUUACUCUGGAGGAGGAUCAGCAGAUAUUGAGAAGGAUUGAUAGAUGGCUUCUCCCCGCCAUGGCGUUGACCUACUUCUUCCCAUUCUUGGACAAAUCUGCCGUGGCACUCACCUCCAUCCUCGGCCUCCGGGACGGCUUGAAUCCCCGGCGGGGGGACUACUCCUGGUUGAGCGGUGUCUAUUACUGUGGUAACUUGGUGGCUUCCUACCCGGCCGCCCUGUUGAUGGUGCGCUGGAGAGUCGGCAAAGGCAUCACCAUGUCGGUCCUUGCCUGGGGCAUCAUCCUCAUGUUCACUGCAAUAGUCUUCAACGCAGACUUUCUCCUCGCAAACCGCUUUUUCCUAGGCGUCGCCGAAGCUUCCAUCGCGCCAGGCCUCACCCUCGUCGUGUCCAUGUGGUACAAGCGCUCCGAGCAGCCUCUUCGCCACGCAGCCUGGUUCCUGGGAAACACAUGUGCCGGUAUCAUUGGCGGCUUUCUAGCCUCUGGCUUCGCCUACGUGAAGAGCAUCGAACCAUGGAAGGCCGCCUUCCUUACUCUUGGUGGAGCGAGUAUGGUCUGGUCCGUGGGCGUCUACUUUCUCCUUCCGGACACUCUCAUGGAAGCGAGGUUCCUCAACGAAGAGAAUAGAGAAAAAGCCGUGCUGCGUGUCAAGGAGAACAUGACGGGCAUCAAAAGCGACAAGAUCAAAUGGGGACAGAUGGAGGAGGCCGUGUUGGAUGCCAAGACUUGGAUGCUCAUUGCGUUGCAGCUGGCUUCCAGUAUUCCGAACGGGGCUGUGACGGCAUUCUCAAGCAUUGCAGUCAGUGGCAUCGGCUUGAACAUGUUCGACACCCUCCUCCUUAGCUGCGCCGCCUUCGUCUUUCGGCUCGCCCUGGUGCUAUUGACUACUGGCGGCAGCACCUACUUCGCCGACUCGCGAACCUACUUCAUGUCGUUCAAUUAUGCUGUUGGUCUGACCGGCUCGGCAAUGGUGCAGUAUACUGCCGCCCAAAACGGUUGGACGCGGUUUGUCGCCUCGUUGCUGGCAGGCGGGCACAGCGCCAACUUUCCGCUGAUCAUGUCCCUCAUAUCCGGGAACUUUGGCGGCUUCACGAAGAAGGCGACCGUGAUUGCCUUGUCCUUUAUCGCGUAUUGUACAGGCAACAUCAUCGGUCCCCAGCUCAUUCCUGCGAGCGAUGCGCCAAGCUAUCGCUCUGCAUUUAUAGCACUCAUGGUAUGCCUUACGGUGGGGUUCGCCAUGUGCUGGGUUAUUCGGUUCCAUCUCAUCUGGGAGAAUGGUCGACGCGAUGCCGUGGUUAGCGCUGAAGAAGUUGCCGCGUUUGAGGAGGCGCUGCAGGGCGUCAUGGUGAACUUGACCGACAUGACGGACAAGCAGAUUCCGCAGUUUAGAUAUGUUUAUUAG